CUUGCAGGCGGGCGCAUAUAGCCGGCCGCUGACGCGCGCGCAUGUCGACGAGAGGGACGACGCGCGCCAGCCGCAGCACAGCAGCCCUCCUGUUGCCGCCUCAUGCAGAUGAGGCGGCGACGGCCGGCCGGCCUGCGUGGGUGGAUACGAGAGCGGCGUGCGGACGCGUACGUCCACAGGAAUCGCAGGCAAACCGGAGGGAGGGUCUCAGUCUCACGCCGCGCGCAGGCAGAUCGAGAGACGACAUUCCAGAAGCCGGGCACCUGUCUGUCGCCAGCAGCGGCCGCGCGCGCGAGGACAAGCGCGGCACAGUUGGAAAGAACAAGCGUCCAAUGGCCAGUAGAAACAGACGCCACCAGAAAAAGAGGAGGCUUCGGCGGAAAGUGGCUUGCGCGGACACGCUUCCCGCCUAUUUAAGCCGCGCUCGCGCGCGCUGCGGCUGGCACAGUGCCUCUCGCUCACUGACUGACUGUAAUACCAGAGAUCGAACAACUUGGUCCUGCAGCUCAAGAAGAGAGUUUUUGUGCAUUUGGGGGCCGGGGGCAAGAGAGAGAGAGAGAGCCAUGGCGGCGGACCAGCAGCCGCAGCUGCAGGAGGAGAUGAACGACGCUGCCGGCGGCGGCCUCAGGCUGCCUCCAGGGUUCCGCUUCCACCCGAGCGACUUCGAGAUUGUCAGCUUCUACCUCACCAACAAGGUGCUCAACACGCGCUUCACCUGCACCGCCAUCACGGAGGCCGACCUAAACAAGAUUGAGCCAUGGGACCUCCCUAGCAAGGCGAAGAUGGGCGAGAAAGAGUGGUACUUCUUCUACCAGAAGGACCGCAAGUACCCGACGGGGCUGAGGGCGAACCGGGCCACCGAGGCCGGUUACUGGAAGGCGACGGGCAAGGACAAGGAGGUCUACAACGCCGCGGAAGGGGUGGCGGUACUGGUCGGCAUGAAGAAGACGCUCGUCUUCUACAGGGGCAGGGCUCCCAGGGGUGACAAGACAAACUGGGUCAUGCACGAGUACAGGCUCGAAGGCAGCGGCAGGCUCCCCGCCGGCCUCGCGUCCGCAACCGGCUCAGCCGCCGCCAACGCCGCGGCGGCCUUGAAAGCUUCUGCUUAUAAGGAUGAGUGGGUAGUGUGUCGUGUGUUCCACAAGACCACUGGGAUCAAGAAGACCACUGCUGCACCGGCGUACCAGGUGGCCAUGGCCGGCGCUGAGAUGGAUCAGAAUCAGAACAACUUCCCGGGCAUCCCCUUCCCCAUGCCGAUGCAAUUUCCCAUGCUGCCAGACUUCUCCUUGGACCCGGUGCCCCCCUACUACCCCAACGCCGCUGGCGCGGGGAUGUCGAUGCUUCCUAUGGCAGCAGGUAUAGGUGGUGGCGCCGGUGGGUUCCAGCUCAACGGCGCCGCCCUGUUCGGCAAUCCGAUGGCCGCGCCGCAGCCCAUGAGCUUCUACCACCAGAUGGGCGCGGCGGGGACAGCUUGCGCUGGCGGCUUCGAUGUUUCUGCGCCGGAGAGUAGGCCGUCCUCGAUGGUGUCGCAGAAGGACGACCAGGCUAAUGGCGCUGAGAUCUCGUCGAUGAUGUCCGUGGCCGGCCCAGGGCCUGCGACCACCACCACCAUAGAGAUGGAUGGCGUGUGGAAGUACUGAAAACGUGGAGGGUGGAGGGCAAAGACAUGAAUUCGCAUAAAUUAAAUAUGCAUGUAAUAUCUAUAUCUGCAUUGCAUUUUGUGAAAUAUGAUGCAUGCAUGGUUUGUAUAUUCCGUAAUAACCAGUAGUUGGUAAGCUAUGUGUGUGUAUGGAUGUACUAGCUAGUACAUGCACCGUAUCAUUGCAUGUGUGGUAUAUGUCUCGUUUGGUGUUAGUAAUCUGCUUGGUUGUGCUGAUGACUGAUGGUUGUAAGAAGCAGAUUCGAGUUUGGUACAAUAUUAUCGUGAACCUAUAUAUUAUAUAUAUGUUAAUUAUAGUAUGUUGUUUAAUUAUA